AUGGCGCAUCAAGGGGAACCGACGAAGCUGCGGUGGGGCGAGCUGGAUGAGGACGACGGCGAGGAUCUGGACUUCCUCCUGCCGCCGCGGCAGGUUAUAGGGCCCGACGACAACGGAAUAAAGAAGGUGAUCGAGUACAAGUUUGACGAGGAUGGUAACAAGGUUAAGAUCACCACCACCAUGCGCACCCGCAAGCUCGCCAACGCACGUCUCAGCAAACGCGCCGUCGAGCGACGCUCCUGGCCCAAGUUCGGCGACGCCGUCCACGAAGACGUUGGCAGCCGCCUCACCAUGGUGUCCACUGAAGAGAUCCUCCUCGAACGCCCCAAGCCUCUUGGCUCCAAAACAGAGGAACCGAAAACUGCUGGAGACCCGUUGGCUCAAUUUCAGAAAGGUGCUGUUCUUAUGGUCUGUAGGACUUGUGGGAAGAAGGGUGAUCACUGGACCUCAAGGUGUCCAUACAAGGAUCUUGCUCCACCAUCUGAGGGAUUCGUGGAUAAGCCUGCGGCAUCAGAUGCAGCAGCAGCAACAGCUGGUGCAACCAAGGGAGCCUAUGUGCCUCCUGGUAUGAGGGCAGGUGCGGAGAGGACUGGUGGAUCAGAUAUGCGGCGCAGGAAUGAUGAGAAUUCUGUAAGGGUGACCAACCUCUCAGAGGACACAAGAGAGCCCGAUUUGCUGGAGUUGUUCCGUCCUUUCGGUCCAGUAAGCAGAGUCUAUGUUGCCAUUGAUCAGAAGACUGCCAUGAGCAGGGGCUUUGGGUUUGUUAACUUUGUCAACAGGGAAGAUGCACAAAGAGCUAUCAGCAAGCUCAAUGGAUAUGGUUAUGACAAUCUCAUACUUAGAGUUGAAUGGGCAACCCCAAGGGCAAACUAA